AUGACUGUUAAAGUUGUAAGCAAAUUUGUGUUUUAUUUAAUAAAGUACAAGGUUAAUUUUUGGUUAUGCUCAUCAGUUCCAGCGCAGUUCAUACCGGGCAGGACUGGAGCUGGCUUGCUUAUAUUAAAUGGAUUCACAUUCUAUAUGAAGAAUCAUCAAGCUCAUGGCAAAAAGCAGUGGUACUGUUCAUCACGAGAUGUCUACGGCUGCCGGGCUGAUGUUAUCACCUACAGAGGAAUUUAUUACCUACCAUCACACCGUACGGGAAGUAUGGUAUUGAUAUUCAAAGACAACAAAUAUUGGAUCAAUAAUAGAUAUCAGAAUACUAUAAAUUGGACAUGUCGGGAUAGGAAAAGAUUGGGAUGCAACAGCUGCGUGCAAACAACAGUUGAAGGACGUUACAUCAAACAUAAAGGCUUCCAUAAUCAUGCUGACAAUUAUACAAAAUAUAAUUUCAAUGAUUAAGAUGUUUGCUAGUUACUUCAAUGUUUCAACAAAUUAACCAAUACUAUGAAAAGAGUUGUAACUUUUAUAACUCCUUGGGAGAUAAAACUCUUUUCCUCGGAUUCUUUGAGACAAGUCUGUAUAAUACUAGCAGUAGAAAAAUUUUGUUUAUAGCAAUAAGAUUCUAAUUGAUAUCUGUUACUCGUAUUGAAACCGGUUUCAAAAUAAUCAGCUACUUAAUACAUAGCUUGCUUAAAAUAUAAUAUGGUUAAAAUUAUUUAUUUGUAUAGUUAUAGUAAAUCAAUUUUUUUUCCAUUAACAUAGGCAUAAUUUUUCAAAGUCAUUCCUAGAUAUUAGUAAAUUUAAGAUUGUUUUUUUUUAUUUAAGUUACAGUCGGUUUGGUUUUUAUACAAUUCUUAAACUAUCACUGCCAUUUUUUUAAGUUAUUUAUAAUCAUAAUUGUUAACUUAAAUUGUAACUUG